AUGAUUACCCUCACAGAUACCCUCACUGAUGUAACAGAUACCCUCACUGAUGUAACAGAUACCCUCACUGAUGUAACAGAUACCAUCACUGAUGUAACAGAUACCCUCACUGAUGUAACAGAUACCCUCACUGAUGUAACAGAUACCCUCACUGAUGUAACAGAUACCCUCACUGAUGUAACAGAUACCCUCACUGAUGUAACAGAUACCCUCACUGAUGUAACAGAUACCCUCACUGAUGUAACAGAUACCCUCACUGAUGUAACAGAUACCCUCACUGAUGUAACAGAUACCCUCACUGAUGUAACAGAUACCCUCACUGAUGUAACAGAUACCCUCACUGAUGUAACAGAUACAGAUCACUGA